AUGCGGACACUUUCCGCGCGACUUUUGGAGCUAGAGUCUACUGCAAGUCCUGCCCCUGCAAAUAAGCUAUCAGCUACGCUCCCCGGGGGUAGUCUACACCGCAUUCUAGAUGCACCCAAGUCCCCAACAUAUGUCGGACCAACCAGUGCCGAAUUCGGGCUUGGUCGGCCUCAGAGGCCGUCAUCGCCAGCUGGCGGUGAUGACAUAACUGGCGGCCCCGAGGAGGAGCUUGAUACAUCAAGCAGUGUGGCUAGCCCUGCGCCGUCAGAACAAAGGGUGGAGGCCUCUACCGGAGACCCGCUGAAGAGCCUUGGCGCGGAUGAAGCGUUGCGACUAGUGCAAGUCUAUGAAGAUACAGUGGGUGUGAUGUAUCCGUUUGUUGAUCUGGAUGGUGUGCGUGCAUACGAAUACUACCGCCAAGACUCGGUGACCCGAUCGGCGAACUACUCAGAGGAAGCAGGUUCGGAUCAGGAUUGGUUUUCCGCACGCGAUGUCCAGGUCUUCAAGAUCUUAUUGGCCACUGCCCUCUUGGUCGAGUCGCACGGUCGAAGCGAGCGUGCCGCCCACCUGGCUGACAGCGUAGAGGAUCGUUUUGCAAGUCGCAUGAAGAUCCCGGAGGUUGAUAUGAAAGAGAUACUGAUUCUCACUCUGUUGUCAAUCUUCCACUCUUAUCGUGACGAUGAAGUUAUCGCUGGUCGUUUCAUCAAUAUGGCUGUUCGAGGGAGCUCAGAGCUAGGGCUACAUCGCCAGGAGAUUUGGCAAAGGACCGGCGGCGUUUUCCCAGGGGAGCUUGAAUGGACAUGGGCGAGCCGGCUGUUCUGGUGCAUCUAUGUACUUGAUCGCAAGUUCGCUUUCGGCUCGGGCUUGCCAUUUUCGAUCCAAGAUUCUGACAUUGACACCAACCUCCCAGAGCCUGGCCACUCUACCCCUUAUCUGACGUGCAUGAUCUCCCACGCCCGCUUGAGCACGAAGAUUUGGGGUUUGGUUGUCGGUUGGCAAAGCCGGUCCCAAGCGGCGACAUCCGAAAGCUGUGCUUAUUUGGAUGCCCAGGUUCAACAUUGGAUCCAAUCCAUCCCAUCUGAGCUGCGAUUUGAUCCCACUUGGCGAUCCCCGGCGGGAUCGGAGCACACCGACCGAGCCAUGAUGUUACAGGUUCUUCUUGCUCUCCAGGCAAAUCAGCUCCGAAUUCUCGUCUACAGGCAGAACCUGCUCAGCAGUGAGCGUAUCAUGGACAACAUUACCGGUGCCUCGAUUGCCGUAGAAACGGCGAAAAGUACGAUCCAUAUGCUGGAGUACUAUAGUCAAAUCUCCAGUAUUUAUUUCCAGCGGCCGGAGCCAUUCAACUAUUUUCUUCUUUCUGCCCUGGCCGCUUUAUUCCUGGCGGUACUCCACGCCCCCGCCCAUUUCAGCCGCGCUUGUCGCCCUGAAUUUUACACAGCGGUGGACAUGGUCCGCCGCUCAGCAACUAGGGCCCGCACUUCUCGGCGACUGCAAAAAGUAAUCCGUGGUCUGAAGCGCAUUCAGCUCAAUAUCCAACGGGAUAAUGACCAUGGACGUCAAUCAUCGCUCAAAGGAGCCCAUCACUCUGACAGGUAUUCCCCUGAGCAAGUUAAACAACACUUGCCACACGCAGCGUGGGAAAAUAGUUCUUUGGCUACUGCUACAGGGUCCCCGAUGACACAGGGAACCCCCGGCCUUCAUCAAGCAUCUACAUUACCCACCCCUCAUCCAUCAGUCCACCUUUCUUGGCCAAUCUCACCUGACGCGACAAUUCAACCUGAAACAAAUGGCUGUGAGGACCUCAGCAGCUUCUUCGAGAUUGCGGGUGACUUUUACUUCGACCCUCAUUCAGGCUCGGAUAUUACGGCCGAAGUAGGGGUAGGAUUGAAUCCCACAGGUGAGACACGAUUGCCCACUGCAUCAGAGGCAUUCCACGCUGAAGAAGAGGCUCUUACGCGGGUCAUGGCUGGGCUGCUGUAG